GCACCCGCGGACGCAGAGGCCCCGCCCGAGCCCUCGGCCCCCGCCGAGGCCGAGGCCGAGGCCGCGGACGGCGCAGGCGAGCCCCAGGAUCCCGCGGGGCCGGCGGAGGCGGAGGCCCCGGAGGGCGCUGCCGAGGGGGUCGCAGACGCAGGUGCUCUGGAGGGCGCCCCGCAGAUCGACGAGGAAGGCGCCGCGCCGCCAGAAGCUCUGGAUGGCACCGCGCCCCCUGCUGCCCAGGAGGGCGGGGCCGGCGAGCCUGGCGAGCUUGGCGAGGCCGGCGAGGCAAGCGAGGAUGCGGUGGGGGGCGCUGAGGGCGCUGAGGAGUUGGCACCAGGUGAUGGGGACGCUCAGGAUGCUUCGCUGAAUCAGGCGAGCGCCAGCGUGGACCCGCAGGACGGGCUCGAGGCCGAGGGAGGCGUCGACAGCGCCAUGCUUCCUCCGGGCGCCGAGGACGAGGAGGGAUCUCGACGACCAUCUCGGCGAGAAGUGGGCGACGAGGAGGGCGACGAGGAUCUCGACGAGGAGCAGCUGGCCGAGCUGGAGGCCCUCGAGGACGAGGAAGAGGAGGAAGAGGUGGAGGAGGAGCCUAAGGUCGAUCCGAUGAUCGAGCUGAGGGAGAAGCUCGACGAGCUCAUCGACCUGAAGGAGCGCGCGAAGCAGCGCCAGAAGGAGCUGCAGGCCCGGGUGCUCCAGAGGAGAACGCAGGAGAAGGCCUACGACGCCGCGGAGAAGCAGUCGGAGGGCAAGGUGACAGACCACAAAUACGAGAACGCACUCCAGAAUGUGCACAAAGUGCGGUUGAAGUUGCGUCUUCAGCAGGUGAAGGCCGCGCGCAUGAGCGACAUGUUGAAGGGCCAGCUGGAGACCAAGCGUCAGAAGGCCAUCGAGUGCCGCGACUCGUUCCAGGAGUUCAAGCGGCAGGUGGCAAAGCACGCGGAAUAUGCGCGCACGGGCAGAAAGAUCCCGGACAAGAUAAUACAGGAAGUCGAAGAGUUCGAGCUUGACAAGGACGACGCAGAAGUGGAGGAGGUGCGCGGCUCCAACAUCUCCCUGAAAAAUAGGCUUGCCAAGCUCGAGCAGCUCCUGCGCAAGAAGGACGACGAGCUAGCAGCAAACUUGCACGUGAUCGAUUUUGAGCAGCUCAAGAUCGAGAACCAGACACUCAACGAGAAAAUCGAGGAUCUGCGCUCGCGUAGAGCCCGAAGGAAGAAGACCAUUGUCACCGUGCAGAUCAUCACCCACAUGCGGGAGAAGGUGCAGUUCGUCCAGCAGGAGUACGAAGUUCUGAAGCGGGAGCUUGCGCAGCUCGACCAGGACGACCUUGCCGCGCAGCGCGAGCUUGUCGCGAAGACCAAGCACGAACGCGAUGAUCACAGGUCGGAGUACGCCAAACUGCGACAGCAGACGGGCAUCACCAACUCGGAGAACUUAGCGAAGGACUACGAGCAGCGUGCGGAGCACAUCAAGACGCUGAAGGAUGACAUCGGCGCGCUGAAGAAGCGCCAUUCGCAGAUGGCGCAGUUCAUCAAAAAGGCAGAGGCCGCGAACACCGCGCUGACUAUGUGA